AUGCGCGAGGAUGAUGGAAGAGCAGGUGCUCGGGAAGAUAUACUACGAGACAGCAAGAACGUCAAAGAAGAACAUGAAGAUGAUGAAGAUCAUGCAAUUACUCCACUGGGUCUGGGAACAACUACUACUAAGUCUCCAAUGCCCUCUGCUGUACCACCUUUGGAGCAAACGAAGCAUAAAAAAGCUUCUCCACAAGGGCUCUUUCCUGGAAAGCAUGCAGUUGGAGUUGGCAAGAAAGGUGAUUUUUUCAAUCUACAGAAGAGUCCAAGGGAUCCAUAUCCUAUGAUCCAAACCACAAGCAAAAGCAAGAACAAAAUGAAUGGCCGUCCAGGAGGCUCGCGCUCGCCACGAGAAGUUAAGGCUCAAGUUGACUCAUUUCUAUGUAUAUAAAUAUUCAUUUCUAUGUAUAUAUUAAUUAUUUAAUGCGUUUUUUCUCCCUGCUGUUGUAUGUUGAGUAAGUAUAUAAUUCUUUUCUUAUGAAAGCGAAACAAGUCCGUCGUGAGUAGAAAUUGCAUUUGGAUGAAGGAAGAAAAAGAAAUGAAUUUUUUUGAGCUGCUCUAAACGAGGAAAAGGCAAAAGGAAAGGGCCUGACCCUCUAUCAAAACGUGGCGUCAACACUGUCGUUCAUGAUCUAUUACAUUUUCAGGAGAUCAAAGCAAAAGCCACGACGCCAACAGAAGAAAGAGCGAGAGCUCAAUCGUCACCCUAUGGUAGUCCGAGAGCACAAUCGUCACCUCAUGGUAGUCCGAGAGCACAAGUGUCACCCCAUGGUAGUCCACGGCAGGGCAACUCGCCGCUGGUUCCUUCGAGGCCUGCGUCCUUGUCCCCUCGAGCAGUAGCAGCCGUUGCCGCGGGGGAGGUGCCGCAGUAUUGGACGAAACCAGGAGGGAUCAAAAAGGGU